AUGAAACAUGAAACAUUGGAUACAUGCCCUAUAUGCAAAGAGUCAAGGUUCAAGAUAACAUCUCAGAAUAGAACGACUAAGAUCCCACAAAAAGUCAUGCAUUAUCUGCCCCUGAAACCUAGGCUACAGCGAUUGUAUAUGUCAACUCAUACUGCCACAGACAUGAGAUGGCAUAAGCACAAACGGGUAGACGAUGAUGUGAUGCGGCAUCCUACAGAUGGGGAGGCAUGGAAAGAGUUCGAUCGAACAUUCCCUGAGUUUACUGCUGAUCUCCGAAAUGUUAGAUUGGGACUUGCCACUAACGGAUUCAAUCCGUACAGGGUUCUAAACCAACACCACAGCACUUGGCCGAUUUUCUUAUUCCCAUAUAAUUUGCCGCCUUGGAAAUGCAUGAAAAAAGAGUACAUGAUGAUGACUGUUUUGAUAAUUGAGGAUCCUGGCAGGUCAAUCGAUGUUUACUUAAGGGCGUUGGUUGAUGAGCUCAAGGAUUUAUGGACAAAUGGUGUGCGCACAUACGAUAAAGCCACUGGGAAGAUGUUCACUUUGCGGGCAGCAAUUAUGUGGACUGUGAAUGAUUUUCCUACAUAUGAAAUGGUUUCUGGGUGGAGCACAAAGGGUUAUAUGGCAUGUCCUGUAUGCAAGGAAGAUAUAACUUCUGGUUGGCAUGCUGGAAAAGUUUGUUAUCUUGGUCAUCGGAGAUGGUUGCCAUGGGACCACGAGUGGUGCGAAAAGGAUAAUGAGUUUGACGGGAACACAGAGCAUCGCCUCAUACCUAGAGAAUGGUCUGAUGAUGAGAUCUUGGAAUAG